UUGAAGUAGCAGAGUGAUGAUGAUGGUGGUGGAGAGGUAAUGGUGCUGAGCUGAAAACCCAAAAUUCUAGAAUGAGUUUUUAAACAAGUUCUAUAGUAAUAUUAUCCACAGGGAAGGUUUUUUUUUUUUUUUGUGUUUUAUCAUAAAAAGAAAAAAAAGGAAGAAGACCCAGAAGAGAAAGAGUGAGCUUUUUAUAUUUCGUUGUGAACAAGGGAGGGAGAGAGAUUCAGAGAGACAUGCACAAAUCCAAGCUUUAAGAACAACACCCACUUGUGUUAUUUCUCUUUCACUUUUACCAAAUCCCAAAGGUCACUAAUGAGUGAGCAAACUAAAAAGUAGCAGCAUAGAUUUCCUCUUAACAUUUCUAAAGAUCUUUUUGGGAUCCCCUCAUAAGUCAGGACAUUUUGAAUAGUAGUUUACCGCAAUGCAAAACUUGCAUAAAAAGGAUUCUGGUGUAAGUUCUCAUUCAACGUGCACUUAUGUUGUUGGCUGCUCGUCUUGGGGCAACUCAACUGAAACUCAUGUCCAGCAAUCAUCCGUGUCUGAAAGUUUAAGCCUGAAGAUGGGAGUUCUGCCUCAACACUUUCAACACACCAAGCAGCUUAGUUUUCAAUUUCAAGACCAGGACUCAUCAUCAACUCAAUCAACUGGUCAAUCUUACCCUGAAGCCGCUAGUGCUGGAGACAGCAAUAUUUAUGGGCAAAGUUUAAUUUCAGCAUCAUCAGGAGGUAAUGAAACUCAUGGGAGUCUUUUUGGAGGUCAUGCUAAAUUAGCCUCCUCAAUGGGAACUCAGGACUGUGUCUUCCCUCCUUCACGAGUUGACUAUAGCAAAUCAACUGCUCAUAUUCCACUCCAUUAUGCUGAACCAUAUUUUGGUGGUGCAGUAGCUGCUGCUUACGGACUGCAAGCUGUGCAGAUUCAUCAUCCUCAUAUGAUGGCUAUGGUUCCUGCUCGAGUUCCACUGCCUCUGGAUCUUACAGAAGAUGAGCCUAUUUAUGUUAAUGCAAAGCAGUAUCGUGCUAUUCUCAGGCGGAGACAGUUUCGUGCCAAGCUUGAGGCCCAGAACAAACUCAUCAAAGCUCGAAAGCCGUAUUUGCAUGAGUCUCGACAUCUUCAUGCUUUAAAAAGAGCCAGGGGUAAUGGUGGGCGAUUUCUCAACACAAAGCAAUUCCAAGAAUCCGAGCAUAUUCCAUCAAGCCAUGGACUGGACAUGUCCAGGUCUACUCAGCUAGAUUUGUCUGCAAAAAUCUCUGUAUCAGAAGUUCAUCAGCUGGAAAACUACAAAGAUGCUGCAUCCACUACCUCUUGCUCUGACAUCACGAGUGCCUCCAACAGUGAUGAAAUGUUUCAGCAGCCAGAUUUCAGGUUCUCUGGCUAUCCUUCUCACAAUGGUGGAGCCAUGCAGGGUCAUGGUGGUGGGAACCUCCAUCAUCUUUCUGGUCUCUGCUGAUAGACGAGUAAACAAAUUCUUGUCUGAGCAGUCCGUACAUGGUGCUUCAAUGGAAGAUGCGGCUGCUUUGUUCCCAUGGGAAGUCAUCCUUGGCUCUGUUUAAUAUCCUGUUUAGUUUACUUUGCCUUUCAUGAGACUGUUUCAAACCAUGGACAUGGAGUUUUUUCUUUCCUUAGCUUGCGACUUUUGACUGUAUGUCUUUUCGUUCAACGGUUUUGGUGAAUUGGUGAUUGGUGACGUUUAAGAUAAGUGCAUGCCUUGGGCAGUAGCAGUUUAAUUCCCUAUGGCAACUCUGCAUGCUUAUGAAAGAAUAGCUUAAAUUCGCUUGAGUUGAAUGUU